AUGUUUUUUUGGAUUCGCCUUUUUCUACUACUGUAUUUACUGUUGCUAAUCGUCGACAUUAUGGAAUCCACUAAAGAUAUUACGCAAAAUUCAAAUCAACUGUUUGAAGAUCUCUUGGCCAGUUACAACAAGUUGGUUCGACCUGUUGAAAAUGACAGCGAUACACUUGUUGUCUAUUUUAAGCUCAAACUAUCGCAACUGCUUGAUGUGCAUGAAAAGAAUCAGAUCAUGACCACUAACGUUUGGUUGCAACAUACAUGGGUCGAUUAUAAACUAAAAUGGGAUCCUAUCGAUUAUGGUGGAGUUGAAGUUCUUUAUGUGCCUUCUGAUAUGAUUUGGUUACCCGAUGUGGUUUUAUACAAUAAUGCCGAUGGUAAUUAUCAGGUAACUAUAAUGACCAAAGCCAAACUAACCUAUAAUGGUACUGUUGAAUGGGCACCACCGGCUGUCUAUAAAAGUAUGUGCCAAAUUGAUAUCGAAUGGUUUCCAUUUGAUGCUCAAACCUGUGAAAUGAAGUUUGGUUCCUGGACAUACGGUGGUUUAGAAGUAGACCUGAAACAUAAAGACUUGCAUAAACAACGGGUUGAAAAUGAAACUGUAGCGGGUAUUAACGGUGGGGAACAGGAACAAGUUUGGAUUGUUGAAGAUGGCAUUGAUUUAAGUGACUAUUAUCCGAGCGUCGAAUGGGAUGUUCUUCAUGUGCCCGCAAAACGUCAUGAAAAAAGAUAUAACUGCUGUGAUUCACCAUUUAUUGAUCUCACCUAUGAAAUACAUUUGAGGCGUAAAACUCUGUUUUACACAGUAUUUCUUAUAUGUCCUAUUGUUGGUAUAAGUUUCCUGACUGCCUUAGUAUUCUACUUGCCUUCAGAUGGUGGUGAAAAAAUAUCGUUGUGUAUCUCAAUUCUUAUUUCGCUCACUGUCUUCUUUCUUUUGUUAGUUGAAAUAAUUCCAUCGACCUCAUUAGUAAUUCCUUUAAUUGGCAAAUAUCUUCUCUUUACCAUGGUACUUGUUACGCUUUCGGUUAUUGUUACAGUUAUCACUUUGAAUGUGCACUUUCGAUCUCCGUCAACGCACAAGAUGCCGAAUUGGUUGAAGAAAGUUUUUAUUGAAUUUUUACCUCGUUACUUGUUUAUCAAACGUCCAUCUUUAACUUCAGUGGUUAACGACAAAAUUAGCACAUCUAGUGAUACGUCAAUAACCGCCAAAAAGUCUGACCUUAGGCCUCCAAGUUUCAGCAUCAGACCUCGUGAUCAUUAUGCUUCUGCUUUAUUUGAUCAAAUGGAUUUCCUGACCCCACGAUAUCAGUCGUCGUUCUGUGGGACUCGAAGUCCGGAUCAGUCAAGUUUUGCAAGCUUUCAAAAAGAGUAUACUCCGGUACAAAGCGCUGUCGAUAGCGUUUCAUACAUCGCUGAUCAUUUUAAAAAUGAGGACGAAGACAGCCAAGUAAUUGAAGACUGGAAAUACAUAUCUGUUGUAAUGGAUCGAAUAUUUUUACUUUUGUUCAUGAGCGCCUGUAUAUUAGGAACAGCGAUAAUUAUUUUACGUGCUCCAACCAUCUACGAUACAACGAAACCGCUUGAUGGCAAAAGUUGA